AUAAAAACUACGGGCAAAUACGGAAUCCAUCACAAAAAGUACUAAUUUAUUUUUAGUUCAAAUCAAUAAAUUUCAACUUCUAUCUCUUGACCUGGACGUACACGAUAAGGUUAAAUUAGAAAAAAUAUGAAAUAGAAUUCUCAACCUUUUCUUUAAUUAAUACCACUGCAUUAGUACAUGGUUUAACGCGUUUCGGUAACCAAAAUAUCAUCUUCGGAAGUGUCAAUUUAGGCCUGAUCUACAGUUUCAUUUAUUACCACUAGUUUUCUAAAUAGAAUAAAAAAGAACUGCGGCUUUUUUCUACCGUCCAUAGUUUGGCAAAAAAACUAAACGUUUAAUUUUGUUUUACCCAAGAAGUUUCAACAUAACCUUUGCCUUAUGCAGAAUGCAGAGAUUCCUAUAAGAAUAUGUGGUUCAAUUUAAGACCUACUUAUUUGUUACAACACCCCGUAGAUGGGUAACGUCGUAAAGUAAAACCGAGCGGGUGUCCUUUAUUUGUGUAUAAAUAUAAUUAACAUAAAUCAGUUAUAAAAUAAUCGAAUUAGAGAUGGGGAGAGAGUGCAUAAUUAUAUUGUCAAAAACUAAACGUCUUUAUGUCAUAAUUAUUUUAUAAAUUCAAAGUGUAACGUACUUCUCGAAAACUAUAUGCACAAAAUGUGAAAAAAAUAAUCUACCAAUAAUGAUUGAACCAAAAGAGCCGCAUUUCAAUAAGAAAAUUAAAUUAACUCAAGAUCCCAAGAAAGCCACAUACAAUUUCCAAAACAAAUCUAAAACAAACAAUUUUCAAGAAUUUCAAAAAGUGUAUGGGCCCAUUUUAAAUAAACAGAUUAAAAAUGAACCGUCACUUAAAGCUAUACUGCCAAGUUGUGGCUUUUCAUCUAACAGCGAAAUAAAAAUGAUUAGAAUAGAAAUGCCGAAGCUGGGAUCAGAACAUGCUAUUUUGCAUCCCCAUCCAUCUAAAUUGUUGGAAAAAAAAGUUAAUCCAGGAAAUAAUUACACGAGGAAAGCGAUAAGACCAGCGUCCACUAUUAAAUUAUUAAUGGAAGGAACUAAAGAUACGUCCAAAAAACUCAAGCAAAUUCAAAAAAUGCUGGAAGAGAGAAGACGACAGAUAAAACUAGCGCAUUCGAAAAAUAGAAUGAAACAAAAUAGCUUUCAAGAACAAAUCGACAGAAAUUAUGGAUCCACUUUGUCUUUGAUGGAAAAUAAUGCUCACGAAAUAGAUACAGAGAUCAAAACUAUAUUCCAAAAUACGUUUAUGAGACAGAAAGAAAGUCUGCAAGAAAUACCUGAGGAGGAUUUAGAGAAAUUAACAACAGAAGAUUUAAACAGUACAAAAUUAAGUAAUUGGGAAACUGCCAAAGAUGUCGAGCCGGUACCGGAGCAAAAGUAUUUUGAACAAGUUGAUAUUGAAGCACCUUCACGACAAAUAGACAUGGUAACGUUUUCGGAGAGAAGCGUUAACAAUCUAAAGCAAAUAAUAGAUAAAAAUAUCAGCAGCAUUAAAUCGCAUUCUGUAGAUAACAGAAAGAAAAAAUUUAAUCCUUCAGAUGUGUUCAAUACCAAACUCCGAUUGGGUCAAAAACCCCAUACGGCUGAACCGCAACAAAGAAAAAGUUUCGACUCUAAAACUCGAGCGGAAACACAACGAAUGUUUCAUAUAAAAUCCGAAUUGAAUAAAUGUAAAGAAAACAAACCCCGAAAAAUGACCACAGGUAAAAUUAUAUCGAAGAAAAAAGUUGACAAAGAAAAAAUUACUCCAGUACAAAAUUUUAAAGGACGUUUGCAAAUUAAAAAUAUUCCGAAACCGACGAAACAAUUUUUUUUACAAAACCAAAAACUAAAGUUUCCCGAAUCACUUAUUUCUCCAAAUAUAUUGAUAAAGAAACUUCAUAAUCCUAGUUUUUGUAGAAAUAACACGAAAUUGUAAUGAAAUUUUUGUUUGCUGUA